GCCGCAUGGAGGACAUACACAUCAACACGCUCGUCAUCCGCGUCAUCAUCCCAGACCUGCAGCAGACAAAAUGCAUGAGGUUCAACCCCGAUGCCACGGUGUGGGUUGCCAAGCAACGGAUCCUGUGCACGCUGAGCCAGAGCCUGAAGGACGUGCUGAACUACGGCCUCUUCCAGCCCGCCAGCAACGGCCGCGACGGCAAGUUCCUGGACGAGGAGAGGCUGCUGCGCGAGUACCCGCAGCCCAUCAGCAAAGGGGUGCCCUCCCUGGAGUUUCGCUACAAGAGCAGAGUCUACAAACACCCCAAUGUUGAUGAAAAGCAGAUCGCCAAACUUCACACUAAGGGCAACUUGAGGAAGUUUAUGGACUUCAUCCAGCAUCAUCAGCUGGAGAAGGUCUCCAGGAUGCUGGAGCGAGGCCUUGACCCCAACUACCAUGACCCAGAAACUGGAGAGACGCCCCUGACGUUCGCGGCUCACCUGGACAAUAUGAUCGAGGCCAUCAAGGUGCUGCGGAAUGGUGGCGCACACCUGGACUUCCGCGCCAAGGACGGCAUGACGGCCCUGCACAAAGCCGCGCGCUCCAAGAACCAGGUCACCCUCACGACGCUGCUGGAGUUGGGGGCGUCUCCGGACUACAAGGACAGCCGUGGCCUGACAGCGCUGUACCACACGGCCAUGGUGGGCGGAGACCCCUUCUGCUGCGAACUGCUGCUGCACGAACACGCCUCCGUCUGCUGCCAAGACGAGAACGGAUGGCACGAAGUACACCAGGCCUGUCGACACGGUCAUGUCCAGCACCUGGAGCAUCUGCUGUUUUAUGGAGCGGACAUGAGUGCCCAGAACGCCUCGGGAAACACUGCACUGCACAUCUGUGCUCUCUACAAUCAGGACAACUGUGCCAGAGUGUUGCUUGUGCGCGGAUCCAACAAGGAGGUGAAGAAUUUCAACAGCCAGACUCCAUUCCAGGUGGCCAUAAUAGCAGGGAACUUUGAGUUGGCCGAACUCAUCAAGAACCACAAAGAGACAGAUAUUGUGCCUUUUCGCGAGGCGCCUGCGUACACCAAGCGGCGUCGGGCGCCCCCCCGCUCUGAGAGCACGCUGUCGGCCCCGCGCGUGCUGCUCCGCUCCAACAGUGACAACAACCUCAACAGCAGCAGCGCCCUGGUGGCCGCGCCGGACGGCUACGCCCACCCGCACCCCCACCACCACCACCCCCCCCAGCACCAACACUCGCAGCCCCAACGCAGCCUCUCGCCUCAGCUGCUGCAGCAGAUGCAGAGGAAUCCCAAUGGCACCGUGAGCACCAUGGGCCGAGGAGGAGGAGGAGGAGGAGGAGGAGGAGGAGGAGGAGGGAGGUCUGCUCCUCGGAGUCGCUCCCCCUCGCUCAGCCGACUACAGCAGCGGAGCCCCAGCGCCAGUGUGGACAUCCCCAACUCCCGCCGCAAGCUGUACAGCGCUGUGCCCGGACGCCAUUUUGUGGUGGUGCGGCCCUACCACCCCCAGGUCGAGGGGGAGAUCCCACUCUUCAAGAACGACAGGGUCAAAGUUCUGAGCAUCGGUGAGGGGGGCUACUGGGAGGGCAGUGCCCGAGGCCAUGUGGGCUGGUUCCCCUCGGACUGUGUGGAGGAGAUCCCUGCCAAACCCAAUGAGGAGAGACCGCAGAGCCGAGCGGAGCGGGCGGACAAGAAGAAGCUCUUCAGACACUAUACUGUGGGAUCCUACGACAGCUUCGACGCCUCCAGUGACUGCGUGAUCGACGAGAAGACGGUGGUCCUCCAGAAAAAGGACAACGAGGGCUUUGGAUUCGUGCUACGAGGCGCUAAAGCUGACACGCCGAUCGAGGAGUUCACGCCCACGCCAGCGUUCCCGGCACUGCAGUACCUGGAGUCGGUAGACGAGGGUGGAGUGGCAUGGCAGGCGGGGCUUCGCACAGGAGACUUCCUCAUCGAGGUGAACCAGGACAACGUGGUGAAGGUGGGCCACAGGCAGGUGGUGAACAUGAUCCGGCACGGAGGCAACCGGCUCAUCAUCAAGGUGGUCACCGUCAGCAGGAACAUGGCCGCCGACGACACCAGCCGCAAAAAAGCACCUCCACCCCCCAAGAGGGCUCCCACCACCGCUCUGUCCAUGCGCUCCAAGUCCAUGACCUCUGAACUGGAAGAACUAGAUAAAGUGGACGAGGUGCCAACCCAGAAUGCCUUGCGAGAGAACUCUGUGGACAUGCGAGUGGCCACCAUAAAGCCACGCCCCAGCAGCCGUUGCCUGGCAACGCCAACAGAUUUUAGUUCUCUGUACGAUAGGCAAGGUGUAGCAGUGGUGCCCCCGACGGUACCUGGGCCUUACCUGGGCCUCCCCAGGGGGACCAUGAGGAAACAGAAGUCUAUAGGAAUCACUGAAGAGGAAAAAACCUUCUUGACGCCUCCCCUGCUCAAGUUCACCCGCAGCCUGUCCAUGCCCGACACGUCCGAGGACAUCCCCCCUCCUCCCGGCAUGUCCCCUCCGUCGCCCCCCUUCAACAACUCCUCCCCUGGUGGUGGCGCGCCGCCCAUGCACCCCCGGGGCUACGGCACGGCGCACCCGGGCUUCACCCAGAACUCGGUGGGCCGGGGCCGGCCCGACUCCUCCGGCAUGGGCACCAUCCGCCGGGACCGGCCGUACCACCGGCAGAGCUCGGAGCACUUCGAGACCACGCACCACCACAACUCCCUGAUCCUGCAGCAGCACACGCUCCGCAACCGCUCGCCCGUGCCCGAGAACCCGUACUCCGAGGUGGGCAACAAGAACCCGUACGUGCCCGCCAAGCCGGCGCGCCGGAAGGGCAUGCUGGUGAAGCAGCCCAACGUGGAGGACAGCCCCGAGAAGACCUGCUCCAUCCCCAUCCCCACCAUCAUCAUCAAGGAGCCCUCGACCAGCAGCAGUGGCAAGAGCAGCCAGGGCAGCAGCAUGGAGAUCGAGCCCACCACGCCCGAGCACGCCGGCGGGGCGCCGGGCCAGCUUCGGCCCGACGACGGAGGCUCGAACGCCAGCAACCCCUUUGCGGCGGCCAUCGCCGGGGCGGUGAGGGAUCGCGAGAAGCGGUUGGAGGCGCGGAGGAACUCGCCGGCGUUCCUGUCCACGGAUUUGGGCGACGAGGAUCUGAACCCGCCGCCGGCACCGCGGUUACGGCAGUCCAAGUCCAUCGACGAGGGGAUGUUCAGUAGCAACGAGAGGCUGAGGAAACUCAUGGCUCCUCCCGCCUCCCUGCUGGACGUGCCCGGCGGUGGGGGUGGAGGAGGAGGAGGAGGUGGUGGUGGUAAUGUUACAGACUUCAACACCCCCGAGCCAACGCUGGUGCGAGAACCCCUCAACACACGCACGGGCAACUGCCCCAACCUGGAGAGCCCGGUCAGCCUGCCCAUCGUGAAGACCUACAGCUCCAACGGGGGCGGCAGCUACUUGCACCCCGUCACGGGGAAAGCCCUGGACCCCAACUCCCCGUUAGCCCUGGCGCUAGCCGCCCGCGACCGGGCUAUGAAAGAGCAGGGGGGCCAGCAGCAGCCGCCUCCGCCGCCCCCCAAGGGCGACGCCGCCCACAACAACAACAACAAGCCCGACCUGAACCAGCCCCUCUUCAUCGACACCAAGCUGCGCUCCAGCAUCGAGGCCAACUACGCGGCCAGCACGGCGGCCACCAUGGGCAGGCCGGCGGGGGGACGAGGGGCCCUGCUGCGGCGCCAGAACACCGACACCAAGUACGAGCUGGGCCUGACGAAGGAGAACAAGGUGACGGCUGCCAACGCGCUGACGGCGUCGGCGACGGCGGACGACAAGAAGAGCGUGAUGAUGCUGGACAUCGCAGAGCAGAAAUCGGCCGGCCUGCUCAUGGUGCACACUGCGGAGCAGGCCAAGGACGCCAACAGGACGGAACAGGAUGGCAGCAACGGCAAUGGCAACGCCCCUGCGGAGCUGAGGGACCCCAACGCCAAGCCGUCGACGGGUCCGGCGGCACCCGGCGCCGCCAACAACGCGCAGGCACCCGGCGCGGCGCACCCCAAGACCAUCAUCACCAUCAGCUCAGUGGACGAGCCGGUGAAGCUGCCCUUCCACAUCCCGCCCCCUCCCCUUCCCUCGGUGGACAUCGAGGACGACUUUGAGUUCUCGGAGCCACUUCCCCCGCCUCUGGAGUUCGCCAACAGCAUUGACAUUCCCGAGGACCAAGCCGGGGCCAUCGCCGAGCUCAUCAGGCAGCAAAGUAAAAAUGGCACAGGGGGUCGGGGUCCUCCGGGGGGUCACCACCUGCCGCCGUACCACCCUCACGCCCCGCCGCCCGUCGACAGGGAACUCAAACGGCCGCCGCACCACCACCAACACCAACACCACGCGGGGGGCGGGCUCUCGAACUGCGUGGGCCCUGCGCCCAGCUACCCACCGCCGCCUCCCGAGAGCUUCGACCACGUGACGGACUCGGGCAUCGAGGAGGUGGAGAGCCGCAGCAGCGGGGGCGGGGGCGGCGACCCGCAGCACCUGGAGACCACCAGCACCAUCUCCACCGUCUCCAGCAUCUCCACGCUGUCGUCGGAGGGGGGCGGCGACGGAGCGCUGCUGGACGCUUGUGGCACACUCUAUGCAGACGGCCAGGGCUUCCUGGUGGACCGGCCCCCCGUGCCGCCCAAGCCCAAACCCAAGCCCAUCAUCAACAAGAACAACGCACUUUACCGCGACCCGCUCAUCGAGGAGAGCCUCGAGUCCUUCGUCGGGGGUGGGCCCCCGUCGGCACCUCCGCCUCCCCCUGGAGGUGGGGGUGGGUCGGCGCUCUCGGAGCCCCCCAAAACGCCCACGCAGCGCAGCUCCAAGCUGUGGGGGGAGCAGGAGCUGAGGAGCCCGCCGUCGUCCCUGUCCAUGCCGGACCCCAAGGCCAACAUGAUCAGCGAGCUGAGCUCCAUACUGCAGCACAUCCACCGCGACCGCUCGCCCAAACCAGGGGAGGCCAUCGACUCACCCACAGGCUCACGCUGCUUUGGCUCCAGUCCCUCAGGUCCUCAACGGAGUGCCACCGUCACCUUCGCCACCCCCAGCACUCCUCCGUCCAGCCUGCCUCCACACCACCACCACCACCACCACCACCCCUCGCACCACCACCACCAGCAGCACCCGCACCUGCAGCACCACUCCUCCUCCAGCCCCAUCAACUCCCCUCCGGACUCCACCACCUCGUCCUCCUCCGCCGGCCGCGCCUCCUCGCUCCCCGGCUCGGCCUCCUCCCCGACUCUCACUGACGUCUUCGGCCUGCCCACGCCUCCCCUGGCAGGAGGCGGCGGCGGUGGAGGGGGCAGCGGGGCAAGCAGCAUGGCGGGCAGCAUGACGGGCAGCGAGCGCUACAGCCUGUGCUCAGCGGGCAGCCGCUCCCCGUCUCCGCUCACCCUCCUCCAGGCCCAGGCCGCCUCCAACAAGCCCUUCGCGGCCAAGCCGGUGCUGGCCUGGACCAAGCACGAUGUAGCAGACUGGCUGGAGAGCCUGAACCUGGCCGAGCACAAGGACGCCUUCAUGGAGAACGAGAUCGAGGGCAGCCACCUGCCCAGCCUGCAGAAGGACGACCUCAUCGACCUGGGGGUCACGCGGGUCGGCCACCGCAUGAACAUCGAGAGGGCUCUCAAACUGCUGCUGGACAGAUAAGAGAGAGAGGGCCGAAACCGAAACCGAAACGUCUUGAGUUGCUUCUAGCUAUCGACUGACCUAUUUAUCUCUCGAUGAGUCCCUCGUCCCUCGCUCUUGCUCUCUCUCUCUCUCUCUCUCU